AUGGGAAUUGCCAACGUCCGAAGAUCAUUCAUUUGGAGCUCAAGGUUCUUAAAAUGCAUGGGAAUUUGGCCAUUGAAGAACUACGUUCCGAUAUUUCUCUUCUUUUUCACAUAUCUUACCAUUCAUUGUUCUUUAACACUCGCUCAAUUAUUUUGGACUCCAAAAACUUUGGAGAAUGUCGUAUCGAACAUAGCAGAAAAUAUUGCAUUAUCAAUGACACUUACGAAAAUUACAAUCGCCAGAAUUAACAGAGAAGCAUUGCGUAAAUUAUUCACAGAAAUUGAGGAGUUUUCAUUGACUGAGAAAUACGAAACUAAAGAGGAAAAGUUGACAUUCGUGAAUUAUACUAAAUUACCUCCAUAUUUUAUUAUAAUAAUUGCCUUUUCAAUGACAGUAGUUGAAGUAUUGUAUUAUACAAGUCGACUCAUCGAAGGAAUUCAACUUGUACAAAGACAUCUUGAUGAAAUCGAAAAUAUAUCUAAUCGAGAUAUUUGUAUUCCGUAUCAAUUUGUCGAAUACGAACUAAUAUCAACGAGGAAGAAUUUGCACAUCGUUACUGACCAGAUAACGAAGUGA